GCUGCAGAGCUCACACAUCAUACAAGAAGUGAAACAACGGACUGAAUUCUGAACACAGGAGCGGCUGCAGAAAUCAUGAGUUACACGGCUCUGUAUGGCUCAUUUGCACCACUUUUCCAGGAAAACAGUAGCAUUUUUGAGUAUGAAAGUUCCUCGGACGUUGGCGACUACUCUCCAUGCAACCAGGAAAAAAGCAAGGUCUUUGACCGAGAUACCUUACCCGUGUUCUACGCCAUCCUGUUCGCCGCGGGAAUAAUCGGGAACGCCCUAGUAAUGAUUGUCCUGCUGCGUAACAAGCGCAAGCUCCAGAGCAACGACAUCUUUAUCCUUCACCUGACGGUAGCCGAUAUACUUCUGGUGUUGACUCUACCUUUUUGGGCAGGGCAGGCUGUGACCGGGUGGCAUUUUGGUGGUAUCCUAUGCAAAAUUGUGGGCUCCAUUUUCAAGGUAAACUUCUACGCUGGCAUCUUCCUCCUCGCCUGCAUCAGCUGCGACCGGUAUUUGUCGAUAGUCCACGCCGUCCAGAUGUUCAAGAAGCACCGAACGAAUCUCAUCAACUGGACCUGCCUGGCUGUUUGGUUGUUUUGCAUUUUACUUUGCAUCCCCGACGCGGUGUAUUUCGAUGUCGUACCUGAAUAUCGCACCAACGUGACGGAAUGUCAGCCUUCUUUUCCGGCAUCAAGUUCUAAGGCCUGGAAGCUGUUCAUGUCGUUCACGUUCCAUAUUCUGGGCUUCUUGCUCCCGCUCGCUGGCAUGGUGUAUUGUUACGCUCACAUCAUGCUCACGUUGGUCAAAUCUCAAGGUUUUAAGAAGCAAAGAGCACUCCAAGUUGUUAUAGCUGUUGUGGUGGCAUUCUUCUUGUGUUGGACGCCAUACAACAUGGUGGCUUUCAUCGACACGCUGAUUAUGCUGAAGGUGGUGACCAUCAGUUGUCAAUCUGAGGAAAACCUUGACUACGCGCUAACAAUAACAUCCGGCUUAUGUUACUUCCAUUGCUGUCUUAAUCCGGUGCUCUAUGUCUUUCUUGGAGCUAAAUUCAAGAACUACUUCAUGGAGCUGCUGAGCCAAGCAAGCUGUCUUUGCCCCGGUCUCAAGGAACGAUACAUGAAGCGCCAGCCUUCGGCGCGGUCUUCAACUUGGUCGGAAUCUGCAGAAACAUCUCUAUCCAGGUUCUGAAACCUUCUAGCUAAUGAGAAAAUCAAGGGCUUAUGGACAUUAAAACUGCCGUGGCAUUAUUGCUAAGCCCUUAACAUAGAUCCAUAAAGGUCUAAUACCCCCAAAAUGUCACAUUAACCAAUGAAAA